AAAAACAGAGCCAAAAAAUGGUUUUGAGAAACAACAAAAAUAACAUUGGGGGAAAGGCGAGGAAGACUCCAACUUCAUCCAGGGGUCGUAACCGUCGCAUCCGGCUUCCGGUGAGCUGUGCUUCUCAAGUUUUUAAGCUGACACAAGAGCUAGGCUUCAAGACUGACGGCGAAACUGUAGGUUGGCUCCUCCGUAUUGCCGAGCCAACAAUCUUGGCUGCCACGGGCCAUGGUGUCAACACCACCUCAGAUGACACCUCGAGUGAUUGUAUCCACCCAUAUAUCAAUAUUCAUAAUACAAGUAAUAUGAAUCAAUUAAGUUUUGGUAACAAUUGUACUAUCGAUAACUCUGUCCAUUAUGCGGACACAAGUGCUGUUGUAAGCCAAGCCCAUCAACGAGAGAAUAUUACUGGUCAUCAUGGACUAGUAUCCCCAGCCGCUACGAUGAGUACUGAUUAUGGUUCAACUAGUUUUCCGGAGAACUCAAUGCCUCAGCAGCAGCCGCAACCACUGGAUGAUGAGUUUGAUGAGGAGGAUGAGAUGGGGACGGCUGCACAAACCUAUGUCAACCCCGAGAAUACUAAUUGGCGUUAGAGAUUGUGUUUAUGUCUAUGUUCAACUUGAUUUGGUUUUACUUUGGUUGCUAUUUGCGUAUGGUUUUCUUCAUGUUUCUCAAGUUUAAGAUGAAUAAUUGUUAACUAAA